GGUUUACUAAAUGUUGAAAACGCGAUGCUUUAAUCCUCAGUUUCGGUAAAAGAUAAAGAUGCCUUUAUUCUGAAAAAUGACAGGAAGUCUUUUAGCAACUGUGUCACUUCACAUCGGGCGCAGUAACAUCGACCAUGGACGAUUUUCAGACAGAUGAAGAGACUGGGUUCGUCGUUGAAGAAGUGAGCAAAGUGAUCAAAGAGUCAGUAGAAGCAACCAUAGGAAAAAAUACAUAUCAGCACAGCAGGGUGAACCACUGGAGCGCCGGUGUAGUGGAGCAGUGUCUUAGUCAACUCAGUAAGAUGGGAAAGCCUUUCAAAUAUAUUGUAACUUGUAUAAUCAUGCAGAAGAACGGAGCAGGUUUGCAGACAGCCAGCGCGUGCUUCUGGGACAACUCUACGGAUGGAAGCUGUGCAGUCCGAUGGGAAAACAAUUCCAUGUAUUGUGUUGUCAGUGUUUUUGGUCUUUCCAUCUAAAGCCACUGCAAUAUACUGUGUUAAGUUUGCAUAGAAUUCUGUAUGUUUUUUAAGAUCUAGCAUAAAUAUACUGAUUAAAAUGUUCUGUUAUUAAGUGCAAUAAAUCAAAACAUACAACUGCA